UGUCAGUCAACUGAUAUUACAUAACUUGUAUUCAAAGAUUAAAAAUUUCUGGCUAAAAUGGGAGACUCAGAAAACGGUGCACUUUCAGCAACAACAAAGCAUGACUAUGAUAGAGCAAGUGAGCUCAAAGCUUUUGAUGACACAAAAGAUGGUGUUAAAGGACUUGUUGAUGCUGGCAUCACAAAGAUCCCUCGCAUAUUUCAUCACUCCAAUCUUGAUUCUGAGAAGAACUCAGCUUCAGGCAGCAAUCAACUACUUGCAGUUCCUUCCAUAGAUCUUGCAGCUAUUGAUGAGGACCCAAAUAGAAGAAAAUUGGUUGUGGAAAAAAUCAGAGAAGCUUCUGAGACAUGGGGUUUCUUUCAAAUUGUGAACCAUGGAAUAGAAGAGAGUAUUUUGGAGGAGAUAAAGAGUGGAGUGGUUAGGUUCUAUGAGCAAGAGUCUGAGGUGAAAAGAGAGCUAUACUCGCGUGAUGCUUUGAGGCCUUUGGUGUACAAUAGCAACUUUGAUCUUUAUAGUUCACCAGCUGCUAAUUGGAGGGAUACCUUUUACUGUUAUAUGGCUCCUCAUCCUCCAAAACCAGAGGACUUGCCAUCAGUGUGCAGAGAUAUACUGCUGGAAUACACAAGACAAGUUAUGAAACUGGGAAGUGUAUUGUUUGAGUUAUUAUCAGAAGCCCUUGGGCUGAAUCCAAACCAUUUGAAUGACAUGGGUUGCAAUGAGGGACUUGUAGCUGUUUGCCAUUACUAUCCUGCCUGUCCAGAACCAGAAUUGACUUUGGGGGCUACCAAACAUACUGAUAAUGACUUUAUCACCGUGCUUCUACAAGAUCACAUUGGUGGCCUCCAAGUUCUUUAUGAAAACAGGUGGAUUGAUGUAUCCCCUGUGCCUGGGGCUCUAGUAAUCAACAUUGGUGAUCUUCUACAGCUUAUAACAAACGAUAAAUUCAAGAGUGUGGAGCAUAGAGUGGUGGCGAACCAUGUUGGUCCAAGAGUAUCAGUUGCAGCCUUUUUUAGCACAAGUUUUCAGCCAUCAACAAAGCUCUAUGGUCCUAUAAAGGAUUUAGUAUCAGAAGAUAAUCCUCCAAAGUACAGGGAAACUACAGUGCAAGAUUAUGUUACCUUUUCCAUGGCAAGAGGCCUUGAUGGGACUUCUCCUUUGCCAUAUUUCAGGAUUGGAAAUUUCUGAUACAUAAUGGUUCUUUUACAUUGUUAAUAUUUCUAUUAGAUUAAGUUGGUUUCUAUUUCUUUCUAAUUUUUGGAGUUGGAAUAAGGAUAGAUAAUAUUUUAAUUUUUAAGAUGUAAUGUUACAUUGAAUUUUAAGCUAUUUUUCUGUUUCUUCUAUUGCUCUGGUACAACGUACAAGAGCUGCAAUGAUGAUUCAAUAAAAUUGCUUCCUUUGUCUUUAA